UGAAUUUGACAUUUGACAACGACUUUCGUAUGAUAACCGCGCUUUUUAGUUGUGGUUUCUGUUUCCUUUUCAAUUCUAGUAUUCUAGUCAGAUAUUGAACUGUAACGUACAAAAAGGAAGAUGCAGGCUUUUCUUAAAAGCGGUAAACUUUCCGCAUCGGACAAACCGUCUUCAUCAGGAGUAAAAACAGCAGGCAAGAAAAAGCCGCCAGCACCAUGGGUUGAGAAAUACCGACCAAAGACGAUAGAUGAUAUCGUGGACCAGGGGGAAGUCAUACAAGUGUUGAGGGAGUGUUUAUCUGGCGGAGAUCUUCCUCAUUUGUUGUUUUACGGUCCGCCCGGUACCGGUAAGACGAGCGCCAUACUUGCGGCCGCCCGGCAGCUGUUUGGCGAUAUCUCUCGGGACCGUGUGUUGGAGCUGAAUGCUUCAGACGAACGUGGUAUCCAAGUUAUCAGGGACAAAGUAAAGACCUUUGCCCAACUCACAGUCAGCAGCAAGAGACCAGAUGGUCGACCAUGUCCCCCAUACAAGUUGGUGAUCCUGGAUGAAGCGGACUCCAUGACAACUGCAGCUCAGGCCGCACUGAGGCGGACCAUGGAGCGAGAGACACGGACCACUCGGUUCUGUCUCAUCUGCAACUAUGUCUCCAGGAUUAUACCACCAAUCACUAGCAGAUGUUCCAAGUUCCGCUUCAAGCCUCUAUCAAGAGAAAAUGUUAUUAAAAGAUUACGCGAGAUUUGUGAAGCAGAAGGUGUAGAUGUGGGCGACGGCGAGGUGUUACACCAGGCAGUAGACACGUGUGAGGGAGACUUGCGGCGCGCGCUCACCGCCAUGCAGUGCUGCCAGCGACUGCUGGGGAAGAUCACUGCUGAAGGACUUGUGGAGGUAACCGGUCUUGUUCCUGAGAAUCUUGUCAAUCAGUACCUCAAUGUCAAAAACUACAGUGAACUGGAGAAAUUUGUUGAAAGUUUCCUGAUGGAGGCAUACUCCGCAUCACAACUCCUGGAGCAGCUGAGCGCGACAGUGGUGACUGCAGGCCAUCUCACCAACAAGCAGAAGUGUGAGAUCAGUGAGAAGGUGGCUAUCUGCUCGCACAGACUGCUGGACGGAGGCGCCGAGUAUAUGCAACUCACAGACCUUGGCUGCACCAUUAUAAUGGCGAAUAAUAACCCUUAAGGAAGUAGAUUUAAGGUCUAUUACUUACUAUUUUUUUACGUAGUUAAGACCAUUGUAAGUUGGAGUGUGAGUUAUCACUGUUACUGCCAAUAUACUAAUGGAAUAAGGGAUUAAUGUGUACAAAGAUUCGUUUAUUGUUAUUGAUCUAUGGUUGAUUGUCAUUGCACUAAGUGAGAAUGCAUCAGACAACUGAAUUAUAAGUAAAAAAAUAGAAAUAAAGAAUAGCCCAUCAUAUACACUAAUCAUCACAUUCUUGAUGCUAUGUACCAUUUGCUGGGAGAAGAAUAUAUAAAAAAACUUUUGAUGAUUGAAUUUGUCUACCAUUUUCAAUUCCAUAAAGAUGUAGAUGUAAGUUUCCUAGUUGAGCUGCGGACUAAUUAGCGGCUUUACCAGAGUUCCGGUUCAAAGAGCAGGAGUAGGAAUGGGGUGGUCUCGCCCAAGGCGAGAGAAGUCAUUGGAUGCUUUACCCCGUUAAAGUUUUCCGAAUUGUAGUGUGGUAACACUACAAUACAAUACAAUAGAAAACUUUCUUGUAGUUGAUAAUUUCAAGCUGAGAAUUUAAGUGUCUUUAUUAUCUGUUGAGCUAAGAAUGUUGCCAAGAAUGGAACAACAUCUCAACCUUCUUUGAUGUGUUAAACAUACAUAUAUUUAAUAAAUUGUCAACUCUGUAAACUACACAUCAAGCAAAUAUGGUUCCUACAUUUGGUUGGCACCAUGACUAUACACGGAACAACUCUUUGUAUGACCCACAAAUUGUCAUUUUGGGUCUGGAUGAUAGGUGCAUGUGAAUUUGUAUGCUUGUAAACGUAGGGCUAUGAUUUAAAAAAAAUAGUAGUACACGUAAAAUGGCGCCACUGUACACGAAUCCUCCGCACAUAGACAAGUGUCGCCAUCUGUGAUGUAAUAUAACUAAACAUAUUUUAAGUGCAGAUGUAUGUGUAAUGAAAUUCCACUGAUUCAUGUCUUUACAUUAGAUGCAGUUAAUAAAUACCAGUUAAUACUGGAUUGGAAUUAUUUUUGUAUGGAUUAUGUUAAUGAUUGUUUUUUCUUGUGAAAUAUGUGAGAAUGUUGUUUGAAAUCAAUACAUGAUUAAGUUUU